UUUGCUUGCAUCGUUCAGAUAUAUUUUUACGCUAAAUGUAUUAUUUGAAAAUAUAAGUUUAAUUUCAUGCAUUGAAACAAUCAGAUAAGAUUUCUUUAAAUCGAUUCCUUCGGUGUAAAACAGAAGUAUCAAAAAAACAACAACACAGUUUAUUCAUUGAUUUAAGCGAUUUGAUCUUUGACCUGCGAAUUGUCAGAACCGUUUUGCAGGUUGGUAGUGCAAUUUGGGUUCUGACUGGAAGAUAUGGAUAGAGAGAGAGAUAUGGGUUUUGUCAAUGUACUUGGAAUGCCAACCAGUGUGUUAAAAUAUGGCAAGAUUUCACCAGACACUAAAGCAAUGUUCAUUGUUAUACCAGGUAAUCCUGGAGUUGUUGAAUACUAUGACCAUUUCAUGAGUCACCUGUUUACUAGCAGUCACGGUACUAUUCCUGUAUGGGGAGUAUCACAUGCAGGCCAUGUACUUCCGCCUGCUGGAAACCAAGCUUUAUAUAGAAAGUUGAGCUAUGAAGUUUGUACCCUGCAUGGACAGAUCCGACAUAAAGUGGCAUUCAUCAAAGAAAACAUUCCAAGCAAUGUAAGGUUGUUUCUGAUUGGACAUUCCAUUGGCUGUUAUAUCAUUCUAAAGAUACUCGACCAAUUAGAGCAGCCAAUAGGACGAUGUUUUAUGUUGUUUCCAACAAUAGAAAGAAUGGCUGUGUCACCAAAUGGCAGAGUGUAUACACCAGUUUUAAAGUACUUGCGAUGGCUGGCACCGUUUUUUGUUUCAGGCGCCAGUCUUCUUCCUCAAAUAACUAAAAAAUGGCUUAUACGGCGUCAUUUUCAAGAUGAAAAUGUGCCACAGUGUGUACAUUCAGCAACAGAAGGUUUGUUAAACCCAUUUUGUGUAAGUAAUUCUUUGUUUAUGGCUCAUCAGGAGAUGGCGGAAGUGGCAGAGUUGGACAAAACGCUAGUUGCAAGUCAUUUGGAUUAUCUCAGUUUUUAUUUCGGACAGUCUGAUGACUGGUGUCCACCUCAUUAUGGGGAAGAUUUUAAGAAGCUUUUCCCAACGUGUGAUGUACGCGUCUGUGAGAAUGGGUAUAGUCAUGCAUAUGUGAUAGAUGCCAGUCUAGAUAUGGCAAAUAUUGUCUCAAAAUGGUGUCAGGACUUUAUGUAAUGAUUUUACUUUUGUAGGAUUAUUCAGGGUUGUUGCAAUAAAUCAAAAACACUUUUUAAAAUUGAUUUUGUAGAAAAUCUGUGAUAAAAUCUUAGACAUUGAUGCAGAGCAUGCCUGUUGAAUGAACGAAACAAUUUGCAAUUGAGCUGUGCCAUGGGAAAACCAACAUAGUGGGUUUGCGACCAGCAUGGAUCCAGACCAGCCUGCGCAUCUGCGCAGUCUGGUCAGGAUCCAUGCUGAUCACUAACAGUUUCUUUAAUGGCAAUAGGCUUUAAAAGCGAACAGCAUGGAUCCUGACCAGACUGCAGCACAUUUCUUAUGCUUCCUAAAUCACCAUUGGCUGUUUUAUCUGGAUCACCACAUACAAUCAGCAAUAUUUCAUCAUGGGCAAAAGUGUUGCUGAUAUGUUGUUGUUAACUGCUGUUCUUUUCACUGAUUUGUUCUUGUUAUUGCUAUUAAGCAGUAAGUCCAGGAAGUGACCUUCUUUUAUUAUGUCCCCCUCCGAAGAAGGAGGGGUAUGUUGUCUUGCAGACGUUGGUCGGUAUGUAGACCUAUCCGUUUUCGGAUGAUAACUUAAGAACGCUUGGACUUAGGAUCAUGAAGGUUGAUAGGUUGGUAGGUCAUAACCAGCAGAUGAUCCCUAUUGAUUUGGAGAUCAGUAUGUCAAAUGUCAAGGUCACAAUGACCCAGAACAGUUAAACGGUUUCCAGAUGAUAACUCAAAAACGCUUAGGUUUAGGGUCAUGAAAGUUGAAAGGGAGGUUGGUCAUGACAAGCAGAUUACCCAUAUAUUAAUUUUGUGGUCAGUAGGCCAAAGGUCAAGGUUACAGUGAUCCAGAACAGUUAAACGGUUUCCGGACAAUAACUCAAGAAUGCUUGGCCUAGGAUCACAAAACUUAAGAAAGGAGAUUUAUCAUGACAUGCAGAUGACCGCUAUUGAUUUUGAGGUCAAAGGUCAAGGUCACUGACCAGGAACAGUAGAACUCACUGUUUCUUGUGCAAUUACUGAAUGCAUCAAGGGGGGCAUUUCGUGUUCUACGUGCUCUUGUUAACUCAGACUUGUGCAUUUUAACCUGAAACACCCAAAAGACUGUCAACAGACAUUUCUUGUCCCGUAUUCUCAUUGUUAACGGAUUCAUAAGUGGAGCAUGAUUGGACACCAUGCGACUAAACCACCCUGCCUAGGGGCUACCAUUGACAAGGGAGGUAAAACCUGGUUGUUUGAUAAGAAAAUACAGAACUAUUCAUUAGUCCAGCUAGGUGACUUAGACAGUACUCUUGAAAAUUCUCCGAUCCUUGUACAAAUCAUGUAGAAAACGGGGCAGAAGUUGAAAAAUUGCUAGAAUUCUGACAUAAAACUGUUAAUGACGUCACUGACCAUAAUGCAAACCGGCAAUAUUGCUGACAGUCUUAAAUCAGCAACAUGUGAAGUAAAAAUAGACAGGAUUUACUUCAAUAAAAAGAGCUGACAUGCACAAGUAUUGGUAACGACUACCACAUUAAAUAAUGUAAAAUAUCAUUUACUGUAGAUAAAAUCCACCUCAUUAGAAAGCAUCGGUCAUGUAUAACGUACAUGUACAUAUUCUAAGUGACACUGACAUUUAAUGUAAACACAAAUGGUAAAAUCACGGGCAACCCAUUCCUAGGGCACCUCAUUACUUAUUUAUAUGUAUAUAAUGAAAAAGGACAUGUGUCCAGGUUUAUAUCAUGUUCUGCAAAAGUAGAAAUAACAAAAGAUAAACAUAAUACAUGUUUAUACAUGUAUUAAAAGGGACUUGUAUCCAUAUUUUUAUUUAAAGUUUUGGCAAUUUAGAAGUAACAUAUCUUUACAUUAUACUUCAUGCUUUGACAUCCAGAUAUAGAAAUGACUCAUUUAUGGUAAUAAAAAGAUUAAAGUAAAUACAAAGCAAUUCAGUUAGUUCUUAAGAUUUAAUACCUGUGGACAGUGGAAGACUUCUAUGGUUUUUGAGAUCAGUAAGUCGAUGUCACAAUGACCUUCAGACUGAAAACAAUUUCUGCUACAUUAUAUGAUUUUCUUUAUUGCAUAUAGGAGAUAUAAGAAUCGAAAUGAUAUGUACGGAAAAAUGCUUUUAUAAAUUUAAAUAUUCCGCAUGCCACAUGGAACAGUUCGUCCGAGCUCGAUCAUUAUAAACUAAUUCUUUCGGACUCGUAAUCUCUUUUUUGAUGCAAUUUAUUCUAGAAAUAGUUGUUUUAGUUAUAAUUGCAGUCCCAUCUAAUUCAGCAUGCUAAUUCAAGUGUUGCUCAUUUGUUACGUUUGAUUUUUAUGCAAAUCUGUGAUUUAUCUUCUAUUUUCAGGGAAAUUUUGUAUUAUUUGUGCACAAAGCUUUCAAUAAAUGUUUAAAUUA